AACCUGUUACAAUAACAACAAUAAUUGUUCUAAACGCGGAUAGAAAGAUUUAUAUGAACGAAGGUCAUUUCUUGGGUUUGCUAUUGUAUAAAAGAAGAGGGAACAAGGGUGGUAGGUAUCAGUUCACUUCAACGACUUGAACAAGUUUCCAACAUGAACUCUUUGGUAAUUCUUGCUUUCGCCUGCAUGGCAGCCACCGCCUCUGCCUCCGUCGUCGGCUUGGGCUGGGGAGCAGGAUUAGGAGGUUUGGGAUGGGGCCAUGGUGCCGGUAUCAUCAACCCCCACGCUCUUAGCCCAAUUGGACCCUCUGGAAUCGUCACUGGAGCUGGAGCUGCCGGUCCAUCCGGAGUAGUAACUGGAGCUGGAGCCGUUGGACCCUCUGGAGUAGUCAACGGACACGGAGCUGUAGGACCAACUGGACCCAAUGGUGUUGGUGUAUGGGGAGCUCCCGCUUUAGCUUUGGGACAUGCCGGUUUAGGUGUUGGCGGAUGGGGACAUGGAUGGGGUGCCGGACACUGGUAAACGAAAAUAAUUACAAAAAAGAAGUUGUUUUGUUGUGUUUUGUAUAAAUAGAACUGAAAAAUACAAAAAUUUAAAUAAACGUUGUACAUACAUUAAAA